AUGGCCGACGAACUCGAGGCUUUUAUGAGAUCCGAAAGCACCGAUCAAUUUUUUGAGCCUACUCCGGAACAAGAGGAGCUCCUUCUAUUGGCCGAACGAGGGGAAUCGUUUGAAUUUCCGGAGAGUCCAGAUGAUCUGGACUACGAACCAAUGUCGUCGCCGAAAAAGAAAUAUACACCUAAAUCUCCUCGAAAGACCACGCCGCCUAAAUCGCCAUCUAGGCCAUCGAAAUCGCCUAGUAAAUCGCCGAAUUCUUCGAAAUCAACUAAACAACGAAUCGACGAAGUGGUUGGUGAAAUCGCCGAAGCUGUUUUAUCGCCGUCGAGAAACGUUGAGCCAAGACCAUCAGGCUCCAACUAUAUACCACCCGAACAGGGUCGAAAACAAACCAGGCCCACCAAAGUAACCAUCGAUCGCACCAGAGCCCGAAAAUCGUCACCACCGAACAAAGUAAGCUCUGUAAUUAGAUCCGUCGAUAAUUGUCGAGACAAAAAACCGAUAAAACCGUCGAUAAAGUCACCGUCAAAAUCGCCCCAGAAAAAACCGUAUAAACCGCAAUCUCCGAAAAAAUCCUGUACCACCUAA